AUGGCCAUUGCGCAACCUUUGGUGGACUCCUUGAGUUGCAUCGCCUUACAGCCGCAAUCGUUAACUUCACGUGACCGGGUCGUUGAGGCUCGAGACACUCUGCGGGAAGCUGCACGUGCCGCUGGCGUGUCACGGAGCACCGUGCUGAUCAAGGGUUUCUUCAUUUCCUUGGAGAUGACGGGAGAUCAGGAAUGUGAAAUGCAGUGGGUGGAUCCCUGCGGUUUGAGCGACGAGCCUGACUAUGCCACCGCGCCAGAAACCGUGAGCCUGGUGGAGGUGCUGGAGAUGGCCCACCAGGUGCGAUGGCGAGAAGUAGCGGAGAGGUCGGCUAUCCGACGACUGGUUCGGUUAGUACGUGCAUCAAGCACGGAGGCCGCCUGGAUGAAGCGUUACAACGCUAACCUUCAGGAAGCGGUGCGUCAAGCUGGAAGCCCUCUCUACCUCAGCUAA